GCGGCGCCGCGCCGUGCUCCAUGCGCCGCUGCUGCCCGGCUCUCUGCAUCACCACCCGCCCCGCCGCCCGCCGCCCCGCCGCCGCCGCCCGCCCCGCAGCCAUCGCCAUCGCCGCCCCCCUCCCGCCCGCCGCCGUGUCCCGCCCGCCGCUCCUGGUGCUGGUGCUGCUGCAGCGCCGCCCCGCGCCGCGCGCUCCUGCGCCUCCGCCGCACAAGAUGGCGGCCGGUGGGAGCGGCGGGGGCCCCGGGGGCCUCUCCUCCUCCUGCCCGCAGCCGCCGCCGCCGCCGCCGGGCAACGGUGCUGCCGCCGCCGCUGCCUGCACCAACGGCGCUCCCCCCUCGCCUCCCGGCCUCACCUACAACCAGUGCGGCGCCGCCAACCCGGCGGCGAGCGGCGGCGCGGGGGGCCCGGCGGCGGCGGCGGCGGCUGUGGGGGCGGCGGGGGCCGGCGGGGGGGCGGGCGGCCCCGGCGGGGCGCUGCAGCGGGAGCCGGUGUAUAACUGGCAGGCGACGAAGCCGACGGUGCAGGAGCGGUUCGCCUUCCUCUUCAACAACGAGGUGCUCAGCGACGUCCACUUCCUGGUGGGGAAGGGCCGCGGCUCCCAGCGCAUCCCGGCGCACAGGUUUGUGCUGGCUGUGGGCAGCGCAGUCUUCGAUGCGAUGUUUAAUGGUGGAAUGGCCACAACUUCUACAGAGAUCGAGCUGCCUGAUGUGGAGCCUGCUGCCUUCCUAGCUCUGCUGAAAUUUCUUUAUUCAGACGAAGUUCAGAUUGGACCAGAGACUGUUAUGACAACACUUUACACAGCUAAAAAAUAUGCAGUUCCAGCCCUUGAAGCUCAUUGUGUGGAGUUUCUGAAAAAAAACCUCCGAGCAGACAAUGCAUUCAUGCUGUUAACACAGGCAAGACUUUUUGAUGAGCCUCAGCUGGCCAGCCUUUGCCUGGAGAACAUAGACAAGAACACAUCAGAUGCCAUCAAUGCAGAGGGGUUUACAGACAUUGAUCUGGACACCCUGGUUGCGGUGCUGGAGAGGGACACCCUGGGGAUCCGGGAGGUUCGUUUGUUUAAUGCAGUGGUUCGCUGGUCGGAGGCUGAGUGUCAACGGCAGCAACUUCAGGUGAUUCCAGAGAACAAGCGGAAAGUACUGGGCAAAGCGCUUUCUCUUAUCCGCUUCCCAUUGAUGACUAUUGAGGAGUUUGCAGCAGGGCCUGCCCAGUCGGGAAUCCUCACGGACCGGGAAGUGGUGAGCCUGUUCCUCCACUUCACAGUCAACCCGAAGCCGCGGGUGGAGUUCAUCGACAGACCGCGCUGCUGCCUGCGGGGGAAGGAGUGCAGCAUCAGCCGAUUCCAGCAGGUGGAGAGCCGCUGGGGGUACAGUGGGACUAGUGACAGGAUAAGGUUCUCAGUAAACAAAAGGAUAUUUGUAGUUGGGUUUGGAUUAUACGGAUCCAUACACGGGCCAACAGAUUACCAAGUAAAUAUACAGAUCAUCCACACAGACAGUAACACGGUCCUGGGGCAGAACGACACGGGGUUCAGCUGCGACGGAUCAUCAAACACUUUCCGGGUCAUGUUCAAGGAGCCUGUUGAGAUUUUACCCAACGUCAACUAUACGGCAUGUGCUACUCUAAAGGGUCCAGAUUCCCACUAUGGAACCAAAGGACUGCGCAAAGUGAUCCAUGAAUCACCAACAACAGGAGCCAAAACCUGCUUUACGUUCUGUUACGCGGCUGGGAAUAACAACGGCACUUCGGUGGAGGAUGGACAAAUCCCAGAGAUCAUCUUCUACACAUAGUGCGGCCGCGGAGCUGGCUCUGGACUUUCCUGUUCUCUUCCCCGUGACCUUCCAAACUAAAUUUCUGGCUGAGUUUGACCACACCGAUUGGAGCCACACUAGCCAAAGGUCUCAGUAAAAUCAUUUCAAAGCUCAUGUUUUGCCUUGUGCUAGUGAUUCUGCUGCUAUCACGUACCAGACUAACUGGUAUACCGGUAUCAUUUGUAGGUUGUCUGUGGCUAGUCAUUUUUCACUUUACUGAUUAAUCCUAUCUAACAACAUGCGUUUUUUUGACUGUAAUGAAUGUAGAUGAUUUUCCACCGGUCAGAAGCAUGGAAACGAGUGGCUCUGGUCGUGGUUAUACUUGCUGUGAGGAGAUAAGCCUGCAGAAGACAGCCCCGGGCUGUGUGGCGCGUCCUCUUCUGCUCUCGCUCAGCAGCGGAGGGGAGAAGGGCUGCCACAGUGGGGCUUGGCCGGCCUGUGCCCGGCGCCUCCCGCCCGCCACGGCACGUGUGGCUGCCUUCAGCAAAAAUUACGGAAAGUGGCCUUUUCCCUGAGGCUUCGCUGUUUCAGCGCGACGCGGUCUUGAGGGAAGACCUCAAAACUAGAGCGCCUCUGGAGAGACUGCGGCGUUUUCGUGCUGUUCUCACUAAUUUGCGACAAUCCUUUACCUGGGGCAGCUGGUGAUGGCAACCUGCGGAGCUGGGCAGGGGCAGCAGCUCUCGCUGGGCAAGUUCUUUCCUCCUCCCCUGUGUGCCGGCUGCCGGGACGGGGCCGGCCGGGUGGUUGGUGCUUGUUUCGGGCUCCGUAGCGCGUUUCAAAAGAUGGGUGAUCUCAGAUAAGCCCCGGGCAGCUUUCAGCAGCAGGGAACCCCUGCUAAUUGUGACUGCGCUAAUCAAAUCCUUCGCGGCUAGUGCCGGGGUUUAGCAGUUGCAGCAAGGAAGGGAACUUGCCUCCCCCCGUUCCCGUGCGCUGCUGCUGUUUUCAUGCACGUUUCAAUGCAUUUUCUCUUCGGUCCUUUCCGUGCAUUGCUACCCCCCCCCCCCGGGGCCCCUUCAGACCAAGUAGGGAGAAAGGUUUGAUGUGCAGCUGCCCGGUACCUGGUACCGCAGCAGACAGAUGCGGAUUUAUGGAACAGUUUAGGAAACAUUAAAGAUUGUUCUCUUUGCCUGUGUACGUUUGCCCAGUCUGCCUGUUUGGACAGGCGCGGGAGGAAGAUUUACAAAUAUCGCCUGGCUUUGAGCAUGGUCAUCUUGCAGUCGCCCCCUUCUUACCUGGUUGAGGGCCGGUUGCUUUUCCCCAGGAGCAGGUACAACUUUAGCUGAGCCGGAAAGGUUUGUCCUGCCGGGGAGGAGGUGGGGGGUUUGUACCUGCGGCUGCCUGACCAGUGCGACGCUCGCUGCCCACCACGAAGACGACGAGACUGUUUCCUCCCCCUCCUCGGCAGCUUGUAAUUAAAGCACCGCUCGGCAGCGGGGCCGGAGCCUUCCCAAGCCUGUGCGGGACUCGCUGGCAGGGGUGGAGCUGCCCCAAAGCUGAGCUUCCCCUUUUGCCAACCUCGGCUCCAGGCACGCGGAGCCCUUGUAACUCGCCGGGCAGCGCUUACCACCAUGUUUAACUGCUGGAAGUCGAAACCUGGUCAUCCUUCGCUGGAGCGGGCAGCUCGGUGCCUGCUCCCUCGCUGGGGAAAGGAUGUCUCCUCCUCUUGCUCCCCGUGGUGCACCUCCUAACCAGUAGCUAUUAGAGAUGUCAAUAGUGUGUUACGUUCUCUAGGAAGACGGUGUAAGAUGUGUAUAUUGUAAGCCUGCUUCGAGGUAGGAUGUUUUUAAUAUGGCCAGUACUAAAAACAAAAAGAGAUUAAAAAAAAAAAAAAAAAAAAAAAGAGGUGGGUCCAUGACUUAGUUAUUGAACCCGACUCUCUGCGAUGCAGAGGGUGCUGUGAGAUGGAUUUGACGGACCCGGCAGGCUCCUGCCCCUGUGGGAGGCAGCCCCUCGGUCUGUCCGUAGUGGUGAGCACUCCGGCCUCCGUCCUUCCAGGGUUGUGGGAGCUUCACUACGCGCCCCCAAGGACUGUGUCGGGGCCUGCCCCGUCCCUGGAGGGGUUCAGGGCCAGGUUGGACGGGGCUUGGAGCAACCUGGGCUGGUGGGAGGUGUCCCUGCCCAGGGCAGGGGGUGCCACUGGGGGGGCUUUAAAGGUCCCUUCCCACCCAGACCAGUCUGUGAUUCCAUGAUUCGCCACCUUGGGGUGUCGCUGUACAGAGGUGGCAAUAGCGGAAAUAACUGGGAUUUGAAAGAAGCAAAGCUGCGCGGGGGGCUGUGGAAGAAGGGGGACGGGCGGGCGGCCCUGGCUUGUCCCAGGCGGGCGCCUCCUCGCUGCCUCUUCCCUGGAAGCGUCUGGUUUUACUACUGUUCUCUUCCCCCCUCCUGCCCUUGCCCCACGUGGCAGCUCUGGUGGCUUGUCCUGCUGGGGGAGGCCGGGCACCGACCUUGGCUACACCUGAGCAACUUCUGUUCUUACGGCUUUUCUGCAGUUUGAUGCAAUUUCUGGCUUUUGUAGAUAGAUGAAUGUAAUUAAUUGUUGGACAUGCCUGUUUCCAAAAGUAUGAGACAUCCUGUUGUACCGCGUCACCUUUUGAGCAGAGCUGGGACUGUCUUGACUCCAGUGCUGUGUUGAUGAAUGUAUCCGAUGCUCUCGUUCAGUGUUCACACUCCGCUUUUGGCCAGCUUUGUGAUUUGUAAAUAGGAAAUCAAUAAAGACAUUCAGGUUGUCUUU